ACUCCCCCUGGCCAAUCAACGUGUGAAAACUGAAUAAUCACCAAAUCACCAGCAAACAAAACCGCCUAUAUAAGGACAAAAACGGUUCUCAGCGCCAAACACCACAUUCCCGAUUUCAUCAAAGAAAUAUCGCCAGCUAUGGAGUAACUUCCGCUCUUUUGCUCCCCCUUUCGUUGUCAUCGCCAGCGUCUAUUCCAAAUGGCCUCACUCUCCAGCCUCUGUUCAUCUUCCCCUUCUCUCGAGCACAAAAUUCCUUUUCUCAAAACCACUAUCAGUUCUCCGUCCAUCAGCACCUCACUUGCAUUUCCAACUCGCUACCGACUUGAGCCAGUUCAGUCCGCAGCGCGCGAGAUCUCCACCGGUUUAAAAUGCACGAAGGAUAAGUUGCCGAACAAGUCCAAAGAAGGAUUGGAGAAAGAUCCUGGCACUUUAUGGAGGAGGUACGUGGAUUGGCUGUACCAACACAAAGAGCUAGGACUGUAUUUGGACGUGAGCCGGAUCGGAUUCACGGACGAGUUUGUGGCGGAGAUGGAACCACGAUUACAGAAAGCUUUUAAGGAUAUGGAGGAGCUGGAGAAGGGUGCGAUCGCGAAUCCUGAUGAAGGGAGGAUGGUCGGGCAUUACUGGUUGAGGAAUUCAAACCUCGCGCCAAACUCUUUUUUGAAAACGGAGAUUGACGUGACACUUGAUGCCGUUUGCAAGUUUGCUGAUGAAGUCGUCAGUGGCAAGAUUAAGCCCCCUUCCUCGCCAGAAGGCCGUUUCACUCAAAUUCUCUCUGUUGGAAUCGGAGGUUCAGCUCUUGGACCACAAUUUGUUGCGGAGGCUCUGGCGCCUGAUAAUCCUCCUCUAAAGAUAAGAUUCAUUGAUAAUACGGAUCCAGCUGGAAUUGAUCUUCAGAUUGCUCAGCUUGGCGCUGAGCUGGCUUCUACUCUUGUAAUAGUAAUUUCGAAGAGUGGGGGUACCCCUGAAACUAGAAAUGGUUUGCUAGAAGUACAGAGGGCCUUUCGUGAAGCUGGCCUGGAAUUUGCAAAACAGGGUGUUGCUAUAACACAAGAAAAUUCAUUACUAGACAACACUGCUAGAAUUGAGGGUUGGUUGGCUAGAUUCCCUAUGUUUGAUUGGGUGGGUGGUAGGACGUCUGAAAUGUCUGCAGUUGGCCUACUUCCAGCAGCACUUCAGGGGAUUGACAUUAGAGAAAUGCUUGCUGGUGCAUCUUUGAUGGAUGAGGCAAAUAGGACCACAGUGCUUAGGGAUAACCCUGCCGCCAUGUUAGCUUUGUGCUGGUACUGGGCCUCUGAUGGGAUAGGAUCCAAGGACAUGGUUAUCUUUCCGUACAAGGACAGCCUACUACUAUUUAGUAGGUAUUUGCAGCAACUGGUCAUGGAAUCACUUGGGAAGGAGUUUGACCUGGAUGGCAAGCGGGUGAAUCAAGGACUCACAGUCUACGGAAAUAAAGGGAGCACUGAUCAACAUGCUUAUAUUCAACAACUGAGAGAGGGUGUGCACAAUUUCUUUGUGACAUUCAUUGAAGUGCUACGUGAUAGACCCCCUGGUCAUGAUUGGGAGCUUGAACCUGGUGUCACAUGUGGUGACUAUCUAUUUGGAAUGCUACAGGGAACGAGGUCAGCUCUGUAUGCUAAUGACAGGGAGUCCAUAACAGUUACUGUGCAAGAAGUGAUACCUAGAUCUGUGGGGGCUCUUGUUGCACUUUAUGAGCGAGCAGUUGGGAUAUAUGCGUCACUCAUCCACAUCAAUGCUUAUCACCAACCUGGUGUGGAAGCUGGGAAAAAGGCAGCUGGAGAAGUAUUAGCUCUUCAGAAGCAGGUUUUGGCAGUACUCAAUGAGGCAAAUUGUAAAGAGCCUAUUGAACCAUUGACGCUUGAGGAAGUAGCUGAACGUUGCCAUGCAGAAGAUAUUGAAAUGAUAUACAAGAUUAUUGCACAUAUGGUUGCCAAUGACAGAGCACUUAUAGCUGAAGGUAGUUGUGGUUCGCCACGCAGCAUCAAAGUUUUCCUUGGAGAGUGUAACGUGGAUGAAUCACAUGCUUGAGUUCAAACGAAUAUGAAAAUCAUCACGAAGCAUGUCACAAAAAAGAUCCAAUCCAAUAAGCUGAUUUUGAUAUUGUCAUAAGGAUACACGGGGGAAAUAAAUUUCAAUUGUGCAUUUUGUCAGUUGAGUUGUCUUCAACCAAAUUAUCUGUUCAAGAAAACUGAUUUGGAAAUUGAAAAUCUGUUGGGAGAUGAAAACGAUAA